AUGGAAGGAACAACUUUAACAGAUGACUUCAUCUACAACAAUCUAGAUAAAAUAUCCCAUCUCAGAUACGAAGUUAUUACAGAUAAAAGCUCAUCAUAUCAUGAUUCAUUGUUCAAAAUUAUCAUCAUUGGAGAUACAGGGAUUGGAAAGUCAUGCAUUUUGAAGCGUCUGGUUGAAAAUGAAUUCAAAGAGGAUUAUGAUGUAACUGUAGGAGUAGAGUUCGGUUCCUUUCUCAUAAAGAUCGAAGAUAAAAUACUGAAGCUUCAAAUAUGGGACACUGCUGGCCAGGAAAGCUUCAGAUCAAUUACUAAAAUAUUCUACAGAGGAGCUCAUGCUGCAAUCAUGGGCUUUUCAAUUACUAGAAGAGACACAUAUGAAAAUAUGAACGAUUGGUUGAAGGAGGCUAAGGCUUCUUGUUCUCCUGAUGUCUUAUUAUUCUAAGUAGGCAAUAAAUCUGAUCUUGAAAACUAAAGAGAAGUCUCUUUUGAGGAAGGCUUGAGAUUUAAAAAAUAAAACGAUAUUUUGUACUUUCAAGAAACGUCAGCCAAAUCUGGCGAAAACAUUGACAAGAUGUUUAUUGAUGUUGCUAAAUUUAUCUAUCUGAAGUAUAAAGAUCAGAUGCAUAAAAUGAUAGAUGACGAGACAUCAUCAUAAAAUUCAAAAACCAAUAGUGGAACGACUACCCCUGGUGGAAGCUACGGAAACUAAGUAAAAGUUCAGCAUCUUAGAAAUAAGCUAAGAGAGAGUCAAGGCAGAAGCAAUGGCUCAGGAGGUAACGGUGGUUGUAGUUGUUGA